AUGGCCGAGGGAGAGACCACCGUCGUCCGCAACCCGUGGGUCUGUCUUGCGCUCCAAGACUCGGCUUUUUUUCAAUGGAGCUCGCCGAUCGCCAAGCCGGUGCGGCUGCGGCGCGACAGUGAUUUUGACAUUAUGGACAAAGCACUGCAGUCGUAUGCGCAGUACACGCCCGAGACGGAGCCCGAGAUCGAGCUCGACGCGGCAUCGCUGCCGACCGUAUACGACGAUGACGCCGACAGCGACGACUCGGACGACGAGAGAGAGCUCACGCCGCACCUCGCGCCGCCUGUCAACGCCCCCGUGCAACCUCUUCUCGGCCGUCUCGACCUUGCAAGUGUUCUGGGCGCGCUGCCCAAAGCCCACUGCAUGAGCGCCGACUUGCGUCGCCGUCUCGCCGUGUACUUUUGUGGCCACCCCCAUGUUGAACCUGUGGUUCAGCUCAUCGAAUCCGGGUCCAUCGAGGCGCAACUCGGGUUUCUCUGCGACCUCUUUCACUUGACUCGACCGUCCUCAUUUGACGCGCCACCCGCCUGCGACUUGGUGCGCUUCCGGCGGUGGACGCCCGUGCUGCGGACGCAAAAACGCAUUUGCUUUCAGCUGCAGACGUCGCGGCCCCGUGUCCGCAACAUUGACGUCUUGCAACAGCUUCUCUCGGCCGGCAUGUACCUCGUCCAGCGCCACUGCCGCCUCCCGCUCGACACCGCGCCGUCACUGGGCCAUGUGUGCCUCCUGCUGAAGGAAACGCGCAUGCUGUAUGUGAAAAAGGUGAUUCCGGAAGCCGAUUUUGUGCUGCUGCUCCGCCAAGUGUUUCAUCACGGCAUCUUUAUCUGGCCCAAAGAGCUCCCACGCAAACUCGCGACGACCGCGACGACGCCCGACCCGAUUGCAGUCUACUUGGCUUCGCAAAACAACAGUCUCUAG